GUCCUGCGGGUAGCCGGAGGCUGGGGAGGCUCUGGAACCUAGGGUGAGAGAGGGAGCCAAAGGUGAGGGGAGCUGACGGAGGGGACGCGCUGCCGGGCGCCCCCAGUCUAUGGAGCGGGGUAAGAUGGCGGAGGCGGAGAGCCUGGAGACAGCCGCGGAGCACGAGCGGAUCCUGCGAGAGAUCGAGAGCACCGACACGGCCUGCAUCGGGCCCACCCUCAGGUCUGUCUAUGACGGUGAGGAACAUGGACGAUUCAUGGAGAAGCUUGAAACUCGCAUCCGCAAUCAUGACCGGGAAAUUGAGAAAAUGUGCAACUUUCAUUACCAGGGCUUUGUGGACUCUAUAACUGAACUGCUGAAAGUGAGAGGGGAAGCUCAGAAACUCAAAAAUCAAGUGACGGAUACUAAUAGAAAACUGCAACAUGAGGGAAAGGAACUGGUAAUAGCAAUGGAAGAGCUGAAGCAGUGUCGACUACAACAGAGAAAUAUUUCAGCCACCGUUGAUAAAUUAAUGCUGUGUCUUCCAGUCCUGGAGAUGUAUAGCAAACUGAGGGACCAGAUGAAAACUAAAAGGCAUUAUCCUGCACUGAAAACUCUGGAACAUCUAGAGCAUACCUAUCUGCCUCAAGUAAGCCACUAUCGAUUCUGCAAGGUGAUGGUGGACAACAUCCCCAAGCUUCGAGAAGAAAUUAAGGAUGUUUCUAUGUCUGAUCUCAAAGACUUUCUGGAGAGUAUCCGCAAACAUUCAGACAAAAUUGGAGAGACUGCCAUGAAGCAAGCUCAACAACAAAGAAACCUGGAUAACAUCGUCUUGCAACAACCCAGAAUAGGUAGCAAGAGAAAAUCUAAAAAAGAUGCAUACACAAUUUUUGAUACAGAGAUAGAAAGCACUAGCCCCAAGUCUGAACAGGAUUCAGGAAUUCUGGAUGUUGAAGAUGAGGAAGAUGAUGAAGAGGUACCCGGAGCCCAAGAUUUGGUGGAUUUCUCUCCUGUUUAUCGAUGUCUACACAUAUAUUCUGUCCUGGGUGCCCGGGAAACAUUUGAGAACUACUACCGAAAACAGAGGCGAAAACAGGCCCGUUUGGUGCUCCAGCCUCCAUCUAACAUGCAUGAAACUUUAGAUGGCUACAGGAAGUAUUUUAAUCAAAUUGUAGGCUUUUUUGUGGUUGAAGAUCACAUUUUACAUACAACCCAGGGCUUAGUAAAUAGAGCCUACAUUGAUGAACUCUGGGAAAUGGCACUUUCAAAAACCAUUGCAGCACUCCGCACCCACUCGUCUUACUGCUCUGAUCCAAACCUCGUGUUAGAUUUGAAGAACCUCAUUGUGCUUUUUGCUGACACACUUCAGGUGUAUGGUUUUCCUGUAAAUCAGCUUUUUGACAUGCUGUUAGAAAUCAGAGAUCAGUAUAGUGAAACUCUGCUGAAGAAGUGGGCAGGUAUCUUCAGAAACAUACUUGAUUCUGACAAUUACAGUCCUAUACCAGUAACAAGUGAAGAAAUGUAUAAAAAGGUGGUAGGACAGUUCCCAUUCCAAGAUACAGAGUUGGAAAAGCAACCAUUUCCAAAAAAGUUUCCUUUCUCUGAAUUUGUGCCAAAAGUUUACAACCAAAUUAAAGAAUUUAUUUAUGCCUGCCUGAAGUUUUCGGAAGAUCUUCACCUAAGCUCAACUGAAGUCGAUGACAUGAUUCGCAAAUCUACAAACCUGUUGCUAACCAGAACUCUGAGCAACUCCCUGCAGAAUGUCAUUAAAAGGAAGAAUAUUGGACUUACUGAGCUUGUCCAGAUUAUCAUCAAUACAACACACUUGGAGAAAUCCUGCAAGUACUUGGAAGAAUUCAUCACCAACAUCACUAAUGUGCUUCCAGAGACAGUCCACACCACCAAGCUCUAUGGCACCACAACUUUUAAGGAUGCCAGACAUGCAGCUGAAGAAGAGAUUUAUACCAACUUAAACCAGAAGAUUGACCAGUUUCUACAGUUAGCUGACUAUGACUGGAUGACUGGAGAUUUGGGCAACAAAGCUAGUGAUUACCUAGUAGACCUCAUUGCCUUUCUACGAAGCACUUUUGCUGUAUUCACACACCUUCCUGGAAAAGUGGCCCAAACAGCAUGUAUGUCAGCUUGCAAGCACUUAGCCACAUCCUUGAUGCAACUUUUGCUGGAAGCUGAAGUAAGGCAGCUCACCCUGGGAGCAUUACAGCAGUUCAACUUGGAUGUCAGAGAAUGUGAACAGUUUGCCAGAUCCGGCCCGGUGCCUGGGUUCCAGGAGGACACGCUGCAGUUGGCCUUCAUCGACUUGAGACAACUUUUGGAUCUCUUCAUCCAGUGGGACUGGUCAACCUACCUUGCUGACUAUGGUCAGCCCAACUGCAAGUACCUGCGAGUGAACCCAGUGACCGCUCUGACCCUGCUUGAGAAGAUGAAGGACACUAGCCGCAAGAACAACAUGUUUGCACAGUUUCGGAAAAAUGAGCGAGACAAGCAGAAAUUGAUCGACACUGUGGCCAAGCAGCUCCGGGGACUCAUCAGCAGCCACCACUCGUGAAGGCUGGCCUCGGGCCCGCAGCGGCUGCUCACCACAGCCCCAGAGGCUGGGACCCAGCCCCGGCUGGCCCUGCAUUCGUGCAUUCUUCUUCAAAGAGAGCAAAUGUAUUUUUUUAAUAACCUGUGUACAGUAUUCACAUAACCUUUCCCUAUAGUAAAAGAGGCACAAGAAGAAGCAAGUAUGUGAGGUGUUGCUAGGCUGGGACUCAGGGGAAGUCAUACUGUACUCUGUGUUAGCCUAGCGAUGGGGGUCUCACCAGUCCCAGGAUGAUGCACCACCUUUCACUGUGGCUCUAGAGCCUAGGUCUGGGGCUCAGGACUGACACAAACAAAAUGGGUCCUUGGCACCGGGAGGUAAGGUGAGUAGGCGAAAAGAUAAUAAAGAAUAUCCUGUUCACUCCCGGGCGCCCCAUUCACCACACAGGUGAGGUUGGUUCUUCCUGGUGCAUGGAGAGGACCUGGAAAACGUUACUGUUUAGCGUAUGAGAGACCAGCACACAGCUCUGGAGGUUCGGAUCUCCUCAGUCCACCAACGUUCAUUGGCUGGGGAGCAAGCAUGGUGUGUGGCCAGAUGACAGCUUCACUCCAGUCCUCCAAGGGUGGCAGUUUCUUUAGCCCAGGUCUGACCCAGUGCUUUUAUUGCUGAUUUUUCUGGGGCAAGAUAGAGCUGAAUAUAGUGGUGAUAAUUGAACCCCAUGACUAACUGCAGGUUGCUCCACGCCGGGAGGAGUUUUAUUAGCUCUUGAAAGCCAGUGUGAAUGGAAUUGGAGCCUCGGUCCCUUCCCUGUUCAUCUCAUCGUCUUCUUUCAGGGUCAGGGCACUUGGUUCAGAGCAUAGAUCAACAGUUAUUUCCGUAGAUCUUCACAGAGAGUCUCGGACUUGGCCUCCUUCAGUAGUGUCAUUGGGAUAAGUCGGAUUCCAGAAGCCUGAAAAUGGCCCUUCCUUUACCCUUAGGUAAAACCUGAAGGUUCCUGGGGAGUGCUCCUUGUGUUUGAAAACCAGCUCUCUGGCCACCAUCUUUAAAAGAAACAUGACCAGCUCUGCACGAUGGGGGUAGCUGCGGCUGGACAGGAUGCCUGUCGGGAGGGAGCCACUGCCACCAUGAGGUGGACAGGGCCAACUGUGGCUAGUGCUUGGUUGCCUCUGGCCCAGCGGUCCCUUCCUGAGUCAUGUCCUAGAUGUGAAGCUCUUCUUACUCAAGCCCAAGCCUUCCAUCCUCUUCUCAGAUCCCCAGAGCUCUCCUUUGGCCUCAUCUGAGAAAGGUUGUCUAUAAUCCCAGGGAGCCUGCACUGGCUGGCUUGGCAGCUGUGUCCGCUAUCGCACAUGGGCUCCCGACGCUUGGUGCAAGGGCUUUGCCAUGGGGUCAGUCAGAGGAGCCUGCACUCUAAGACUCCUCAGGAAGGUGCUCCUGUGGCUACCGGCAAGCGUCUAAUUGUGCAUCACCAAACAAUGACAAAUGAGCCACACAGGCAUUUCCAGCUUGGAUUAAUGGGAGGAGAGACUCAUCAAACAGAAUUCUUCACUACCUUCGUCAGCUACUGAGUUGCUUCUGGGAAGGGCAGUGCUUCCUUUUUCAUUCCCCACCCCGAUCCCCCCGAAUCCCAUCCCAACUUGCAAACCAAGGGGAAGAGAUUACACACACAGACAUGAGCCUUCCUCCAAGCUGGAGAGGGCAGGCUGUGUGGAAGCUCUGGAGAAGCUUUCUAAGGCUUACCUUGAGGCCUAGGUGCUUGGCCCAGGGUCUCAGGAUGAGGGUCGGGGAUGAAUGCUGCCACCCAGAAUUGCAAAAGGCAAGGGAAGGCAGGAAGCCAUGGGAAUGACACCCUAGAUGCCAUCGCCUGAGCCCUGGGUUCAAUUGAAAGAGAGCAAGAAAUGAUUACAUUAACCUGAAGUCCUGUUGCUUAAGAAGGGCCCAACACACACUCCUUCAAUAGUCCUCCGUUUGGAGCAAGAUCCUUUCAGCUUGGAGAGCUGAGACGGGGACAUGGGAUGGAGAGAACCUUAAGCAUGGCACAGUUUUUGUCUUUUUCGAGUCAUCAUUGCUGGUCUGGUCUCAGGCCCAUACCCUGGAAAGACUGCCAUAGAGGAAAAGUAAACAGGGUGGAGGAACGGGGGUUCCUGUGCACCUCGUACACAAAAGUCCCUCUGAAGAACACACUUACCCAAGCUCAAGCCUCAUAGGGGAGGACCCUUUGGUCGAUCUCUUCCCUCUCGGUCUGCCGUCUGUCUUCUCUGAUGAAACCAACAUGCUGCUACUGAGUUGUCUCUAGAGACACGCUCUUGUUGGGCAAGGGAAGGUCAAAACACGGGGACGGCAAUGUCCAAGUUGUUUGAAUUGCGCAAAGUCGGAUUUUUGAGUCUUGUCUCUAUGCCUCUAGCUGGUCCAGCCCUUGAGAGGACUUGUGCACAUGCGCCCAUGCCCCUCAGACUCCUAAGACCUGGCCUCAGAUGCCCAGAGAUGUGGAAGUGCCCCGGCAGGCCUCAGCAGGAGAGCAAGAACAGCAGUGGCUAGAAGGCUACAAGCCUUGGAGUUAGUGUGACGCUUAGCCAAGUUCUUGGGGAAACCAGGUCCAUGUUUCUGAAGGGCCCUUCUGGUUCGGGCCCCUAGUAGGCUUCAGCAGUAGGGUAGACAGCUUGUAUAGUUUUAACAUUCACAGGAAAUCUCUCUGGACUGUGAAUGAAGCUGUUAGGGGUGGAGAAGAACAGGACCUGGAAAUUGGAACCAGCAGAGUCCCUGUUGACAAAAGGAGUGUCCAGCUUCCAAGGAGUGCUCCCCAGUGUUUCCACUGCAUACCAGGCCCAACAGUCUCUCGGGCCCCAAAGCCAGCCUAGCUUCAUUGCACACUUGACAAGUGCUUGCUCAGCAAGCCCCAGACCCAGGGCCCUCUCUCUCCAAGAUCGGCAAUGGCCAUGACCUUCCUCAUAAAGCCUCUCCACACUCCCUGGGGCCUGCUACAGAGCUCCCCCUCCCUUCACCUCCCUUCUCUCAGGACUCUGUUCCUGGCUGCUUCGACUGCCUCUUUUUUUUUCUUUGCCUGCGUUCGCAAUUACUUUUCACUAAUGUGUUGGAAAUGGCCUUUUUAUUUUGCACAAAUAGUUGCACAUUUAUGGAGGAAAUUUAGGAGAGUCCAUUUUUAACUCUAAAGGGAACUUUUUUCUUUAAGACUCACUCAUAAAGCUACUGAUGCAGAUGGGCCUCGUGGUUAGUGGGAACCUCCUGUGUGGAAAGAGCAUGUUUAUUCCUCCUGUACGUUUUCCUCUCUCAACUGCUAUUAAACAAGGGAGCCUAUGUACCUGUUUCAAAAGCCACGGUGUCGUCUCAUGGUUGUUUGGUUCUUCGCCCCUUUUGCUCAGUGCAGCUACGGUAGGCAGCCUGGAUUGCAGCCGUGGCACCUCAUCGACUGAACUGAGGACUAGAGCAGGCAAAGGCCCGCUGGGGGGACAAAGCCUACCUGCCACCCAAGGCGAGGAGCCCUUGGAAACAUCCCGAACCGCUCGGUUAGGUUUUCCUGCCUGUACAGUUAACACGGGUAUCAUCACCAUCAAGAGGAGCAACUUCCGCAAUGCCUGAUUUAUGUGGAGCAGUGGGCUAAGCAGCCUGAAGCCUCCUGUGUACUGAACACGUGCCCUGCAGCGGAAAGGCUCCUAGUCCAAAUGGAAAGAUGUAGCAUUGUCCAGAACAAAGCCAAGUGGGGGAAGGGGAGAAGUGAGCCUAUUUUAGAGCUCGGUGCGGGAGAGGGACAGGCCUUGUGGCCUGCUACAGGAGUGGGUCUGGUCAGGGAAGACAGCAUCGAGAAAGCGGGGUGUUGAUUAACCGGGCCUUGAAGGAAUUAAAUUCAGAUUGUGUUAAACUAUGGGAGGAUCUUAGGUGCAGACCACGUUAGAGUGAAAAGUUGGCCGGAUUCUGGCACGUGCUGGGAGGCUUAGUGCCGAGCCCCGGGGGGCACGCCUGGAACCACGGGGAAUAAGGCCAGAAAUGUUGUGACCGCACCCACUGCACUUAACCCCUCAGCUGGCACAGAAGCCACGAGAAGAGGAUGGAAAGAAUUUCUCCAGUAACAAGUCUGCCUACUGCACUCAGGUGUCAGUCCCUGCUGUGCCACUUACUAGCCGGCUGACCUUGACCAGUUCCCUCCCUAAAUCUCCCAGUCCUCAACAGUGGCACAGAAUAGUAGUCCUCAUUUACAGGGUUGAUGGUAGCGAAGGCUCUCUCUCCAGCUCCUGUAUGUGAACUGGAUACUGCCUGGGUCAGAGUAGAGCCAGUCCUUCAGGUGGAAUCUCCUUGUCACCACCACCUAGAACAUUCUCUGCUCUCUCUUUGGUGCCAAAACUUCUACUAGAAUUCAGGAGUUCUUAACCAGGGGUCCAUGUCCCCUUGGACCACGUGUGGGGGGGGGGGGGGGGAGUGUCCGCAUGCACAUGUGUGCACCAGCUUGCAUUCACCUGUUUUUCUGGGUAGAAAGUACAUGGCUUUCAUCAGUGUCUAGGAGAGAUUCAGGACUAAAAUACUGAAUGAUAGCCAAAUCUCUUUGGAAGCGCACAUCUCCCGAGGGAAAGCUAGAAGCUCUGAGCAGUUACCUCCUCUCCUUGCCUCCUGUGGUUCUGGCAGAUUUUUCACUACCUACAGCUUGGCCACCCACCAUUUCCAGGAGCCCCCACAUGAUCCCCAGGUCAUACCUAAAAACCAGUAGAGUCACCAUUCCGAGCUUUCUCUACCCAGCCAGGUUAGGGUACUGAGGUGGGCACGAGGACCCUGCAUUCCUGAGAAUAGAGACUUACGGCCAGUUGGGGAGAAGGCAAACCAGAGGGCCCAAUACAGACACAUGAGCCUGCAAAGCCAAACUGAACCUGACUCACCCCACAGAACAUUCUCCAUAGCUUCUGAGCACUGACUGGUGCAGGGGCUCACCCAAGGCCUUAUCCAGAGAGAAUAGCAGCCCUUGCGGGGUGCCCGGAGCAGGGUGAGAGGUGGGGGACCGGGACGGAUGUGAAGCAGUCAUCAGCUUGCCCCUUUGCUCACAGCCAGGCUUAUCUGCUCACCAGGUAGAUGACCAUGGGGACUAGCUUGUGGGAGGUAAGGGGAGGGAGAGAAAGUGCCAGACCCUUUCCUUUCCCCCAGAGGCCUCAGUGUUGAAUUUAGUGGGCAGUGUUUGCCGGGAAUGAGAGAGCCUCAUAGCCCAAGGGACCAGAAGACAAAAGCUCUUGAGGAAGUGCAAGGAGGAGGAGGAGAGAAGUGGGGGCCUGGGCAUUGUGUGGGAGAGCCACCCCUCUAUCUGUUUCAAUCACUGCUGGGGUUAGGGUUACCUUGCACUCGGGGCCUCAGCUGCUUUGUGGGGUCUGUGACAUCAGCCGUUGUGAUGGUAAUGGAGGGGCCUCUCUCAUGGGGGGCUCCCCAUCACCAGCCAGCCCGCAUCAACUCCUAGAGAGGAUUAAAGCUCCAAUUCCCUCCAGGUGGGGGCAGGAUAUGGGCCCAGGACUGGGCCUAAGACAACAGGCCCCCCUCCCAGUCUGAACCCACUGCUAAGUGUUAUCUUCCAAGCCCAGGCUAUGACCUUCCUCUCUCCAAAGCUCCAGAAAAGGAAUGGAAUCUGAACAUUGAGACGCUUUUCUGGCCCUAAACAAUCCUUCCAUUCUCUAGGCUCAAUGAUGGGUCUAUUUCCUCCUGUAAAUGGGUCUCGUAAUCUUCAACUUUUACCUUUGCUUCUAAGGGUAAUUAAUUGGAUCUCCCUCUUGUUCUCCCUACACACUCCCCUCUCUGUUACAAGGCUCAGGUUAAGCCCGGUGGAUGGCUUUUCUUUCUAUUCCGGGGAGUGCUCAUUUUUAAAGCUGAUGGAGUAAGACCUUGCCCUCUCCAGUGAACCUCUACUCCAGAGAAACCCGCUGGGGAAACACCACUUCUGUGGGCCCGGGAAAGAGGCCUCUGCCCAGCUAAAGGCUUUUCAGAUAGCAAGUUCUGAGCAACCAUUUCACUUUUUCUUCCCAGGUAUGUUUCCAAGGCUUUAGGGAAGGAGUUUUCGGGGUGUCACCCUCAGGAGCAAAGUGAAGGGUUAAGGGAUGAUCUGGACCCUAGAGACAAAGGGAAGCAAAGAUGGGCAUGGGAGAAGGAUCAAAGGAUCGGAGAGUUUCCUUUUUUCCCCAUGGGCUAGGAGAAAUGGGAAGGCCUCAGGUGCAGGGCAGCAUGAGGGCAUCAGGGGGAAGGAGUGAGGGUAGACCCCAUCAGGGCAGCCGGAGGAGAGGCUGCUAUGGGGAGGCAGGUCACGCGGGCGGUAAGUUGAGCCCCAGAGACACUGAGGAUUUCUAGUAACCGUGACCUUGUCUGACACUUCGGCUCGAUAACGAGCUCUUCGAAGUCAAGGGUGACCUUCUACGCCUGUCUGAAUCCUUUGCAGCACUCUGCCCUGCACAUGGCACCCGGGCCCUCGGGACCAAAUGAGUGACACUUGGAGUGGGGACAGCCACUACCAAGGGAGGGUGCGGGGAGAGCUGCACUCCCUGCCAGGAGGAAUAUCCGGUGGCUGACACUGUUUAGGAAGGGUAUUGAGGAUAAAAAGCUACCUUUUAGUCAGUUGUGUUAUGGUUUUAAAAUUCUCUACAAGCAUGUAGCACUCCACUCUUGCUAUGCCGUGGAGUAAGGAACAGGGUGAAAGCAGAUUGAGUCAAGUGAGAAACCAAAGCAGCAGCCUAAUUCCUGACAGGCAGGGUGUGGGUCCCGGUGGUGGUGAAGGUGUGUGUACGUGGCUGUGUGUAUGGGCACGUGGGUAUCUAAAAGAAUUAGGGCCUUCCCCACCCCCCACUCCCGCCCUUUCCCUGAGCCCUGAUCCCAUUUCCCACAUGGAAUCACUGUUAACAGUAUGAUGGUGUUCUUUCUGCUCCGUUGAAUGUAUAUACCCUUUCUUCACAAAAAAAUAUGAUCGUAGUACAUUACAGGUUUCUUUCCCACUUAAUGUAUCUUGGAUGUCUUUCGUGGCAAUAUAAUAGGAUUUCUUCCUUUAUGAAGCCCAUGACUACUUCCAUUGCAUGGACGUCCCUGGAGUUCAUUUAAUUCUGAACUGGUGAAUAUCGGGGAUGUUCCCAGUAUUUCACUAUUGUGAACAGUAUUGCAAGACAUUUGUGUGCACCCCCCUGCCUUCUUGCGUAGGUACUUCUGCAGUAUCAGGUUUCAGGAGUGGAACUGAUUGGUUAAAGAUCAAAAGUAUUAUAAAUGUUAAUAGAAAUUGUACAUUGCUCUUUUGAAAGUCACCCAUUUACGCUCUCUCCAGUAGGAUGUGAUAGUCUGUUUCUCUAUCCUCAGCCCCAUGUGAUGUCAGUAUUUUUCAUCUUUGCCAAUCCUAAAGGUAAAAAAUGAUUUCCCUUUGUUUUCUGUACAUGAAUUGAUAGUGAGCUGAAGCCUCCAUUUGUAUUAGUCGUUUGUAUUGCCUCUUACAUGAAGCAGCUGUCCAUAUAUUCUGCCUUUUUAAAAAAAAAAAUUCGGUUGUUUUCUUUUCAUGUUGACUUGUAGCUCUUUGUAUUUUAGGGAUUUUAAUUAUUUGUCAUUUGCAUUUGCAGAUUUUCUCCCCAGUUUGUCUUUUGAGUCUGUUCAUGGUCCAUAUCAUUUAGAACUCCUUAUUCUGCAAGUAACUUAAGACCUAACUCAGAAGAGGAGAUUUGUUGACUGAAAGUCCAAAGGUAGUUCGGGGUUGGUUUGAUUCGACGACUAAAAAAUGUCAGGAUCCUGUUUCUUUCCUUCUGCCUGCUCUGCCUUUUACAGUCGCAAGGCUAUCCUAGACUUCAGUUCCCUGCUGGUGGCUACACGGCUGUCAUUCUUCCAGGGUUCACACGUCCACAGUACACUGUGCAGAAACUGACUUCCAAAGGCCCUCUGAGAAGAGUAAGACACCUGCUGACCCAUAGCCUCCAAUAGUUAGAGCCCUCAAUUGGAUUACGUGUCAUUCUUUUUGACAAGGACCAUGCCAUGGGUUCACUGCUGAGACAUGGUUACUGGAACCAAUCACUGUGGCAAGGGCAAUGGAGUUACUCCGGUAGGUUAAAACAAUCAGCUCUUACCCUGGGACUCUGGAGUAAAGAGGUGUCACUACUCACCCCCAAACAAGCCACAUGGCAGCUCCACGCUGGGGAAACGGUGAAAUGGUGAAAGGAAUACUGAAGAGAUGAGCCACAACUUUCAGCACUUGGCAUUUUUUGCCACAGAAAACGUUUUUCAUUUUUGAAAUGUCAGUUUAUCAGGCUUUUCCUUUAUGAUGUUUAGAUUUCAUGUCAGACUGUCCUCUCUUCAAAAUUAUAAAAAUAUCGACCCAUGUUUUCUUCUGCUAGUUCAUGUUUAACAUGUUAAUUAUUUGUCGAUUUGAAGUUUACUUGGAGGUAAAGAAUGUGGCAGGAGUCCAGCUUGGUUUUUUUUUCCAAAUGGCUAACCAGCAUCACUGAGUGAUUUGUAAUUAUCGUCCUUAUCAUAUAUUAAAUUCCCAUUUAUCCUUGGGCCUAUUUCUGGACUUGAAUUACAGUUCUGUGAUCAUUCUGUUUCUGAGCCAUUACCAAAUUAUUUUAACUACCAUAUCUUUUGAAUCUAUUUGAAUAUCUACUAAUCCCUUCCUACAUCAUGCUCUUUCAGAUUGUUCCUGAAUAUUUGGAUUUUUAUUCUUCCAUGGUAAUUUUAUAAUUGUUUUUUCCAAGUUUCAAAAGUUCUGUUGUGAUUUUGAUUGGAAGCGCAUUGAAUGUAUAACUUGCCCAUAAAUAGCAUCUUUAUAACACA